UAAUGCCUCCUGAAACUAUGUCUAUAUGAAGAUACCAGGGAUGGCUACUUCCCAUCGCAGGCAAUAAAAAGAGAGAGAAAAUAGUAAGAGAGAGAGAGGGAUGGCGGACGCAGCAGUAGAAUUCCUUCUUAGCAACCUCAAGGAGGUCGUGGAGCACCACGCUCAUCUAAUCAGGCACGCGAAGGGCAACAUCGCUAAUCUUGAAAGGGAUCUGGAAGUCUUCAAAGCCUUCCUCAAGGACACAGCGAAGAUGCGGAAAAAUGAUGAGCAAAUAAAACUUAUGUGGAAGGAGAUUCACGAUGUUGUUUAUGAGGUCGAAGAUGUCAUCGAUUUCUACGUCUUGAAGGCCAACGAGGAAAGCCAGCAGAAUACUCUCAUGAGACUCGUGAAAGGUCGCACCAAAUUUCUACACAGCGUUGGCCGGAAGGUGGAGGCGAUCUCAAAAAGGGUGCAGGAUAUGAGGGAAGCUAUCACUUCUGUCCACAAAGACGAGAAAGGCAUACAUGAAAAACCUCAGGCUCGCCCGCCAAGACUGUCGGAUGUGGUGGGCUUUGAAGACGUGACGGAAGAGCUCAUACGCCGUCUGCUUCAAGAGACGGACUAUUUUGAUGUGAUUUCUCUGAUUGGUAUGUUUGGACUUGGCAAGACGACUCUUGCAUGGAAGAUUUUCAAUGAUCCAAGAAUCACCUUAGAGUUCCCCACUCGUAUAUGGCUUCCUGUUUCAGAACAGUUCACCGACAAAGAAAUCUUUCUCCGCAUUCUUAAACAUUUAACCACCCUAGACGACGAAAUUUGCUCCAGAGAUCCAAGUGAUUUAGCUAGUGAGAUUGCUUAUCGUCUCCAGAGCGGAAGGUUCCUUAUCGUGAUGGAUGACGUGUGGAGCGAAGAUGAUUGGAACAGGCUUCGCCCCGCCCUGCCACCUAAACACACAAACCCAAGGGGUAAAGUCUUGGUCACUAGUCGUCAUGAGGAUGUGGGAAAGGCUGCUAGUAAGCCAAGAUCUUUCAGCACGUUGCGUUUCUUCGAACCAGAAGAAAGCUGGGAGCUGUUCCGGUUGGAGGCACUCGGCACGCUGGAAUGCCCUCCUCAACUGGUAAAAGUCGGACAAACAAUUGCAAAUAAUUGUGAUGGGCUGCCACUUGCGAUAGUAGUCAUCGGCGGCAUUCUUUUCAAGUCUCUACACGCAAAUGUGGAAACAACGAAAGAAGAGUGGAAAAAAGUGUCCGAACACGUGAGCUCGUACAUAGAUGGGGAAGACAAGACAAAUCGCAUGCAAAAAUUCAUAUCUCUGAGUUAUGAGAAUUUACCUCACCACUUGCGCCACUGCUUUCUCUAUCUGGGGCUUUUCCCAGAAGACUAUGAGAUUUCAGCGUCAAAAUUGAUCCGCAUGUGGAUUGGAGAAGGAUUCAUAAAACUUAAAAAGGACUAUAACUCAUUAGAGGAGGUUGGACAGAAGUAUUUGAAGGAUCUUAUAAGUAGAAACCUAGUCAAAAGUGUCAAGUUUAAACCAGAUGGCAGUGUUAAAACUUGCCAGAUUCAUGAUGUCUUGGGUGAUUUCUGCCGGAAAGAAGCUGCAACUGAAAAUUUUCUCCAAGAAAUCAAGUACAACAAUGAAGGGGUAUAUGUGCCUCCAAGCUCUAACAAGUGUCGCCGUCUUUCUAUUCAUUCCAAUUGGCAGUACUAUAUGUCAUCAAAUCUUCCUGCAAGUCAUAUCCGCUCAUUUGUUUGUUUUUCCGACACUAACCAUGUCUUGCCUCCACAAGAAAGCACAAAUCUCAUUAAAGCCUUCAAGCUGCUCAGAGUUUUUGAUGUUCAACCCUUGCAAUUAGAACUAGUAAUCAGAGAGUUCUACAAUUUGGUACAUUUGAGGUACAUUGCCAUGUCGUUCACGAUGGAGACACUUCCUUCUUAUUUCAACAAGCUUUGGAACAUACAAACACUUAUCAUUAACACCCCAUCUCCAACCCUGCAAGUUGAAGCCGACAUAUGGAAGAUGAAGCAUUUGAGGCAUUUCAAGACAAAAGCCUCUGCUAAGUUGCCCAACCCAACUAAUAGCUCUAAUACCACAGAUGAGCUUCAAACACUGAGCUUCAUAUCGGUGGAAAGUUGCACCAAGGAGCUUCCUGUGCGGGCUCGCUAUCUUAAGAAAUUAGGCAUCCGCGGGAAACUAGGGCCUCUUUUCAGAGGAGAGGUUGGAUCUUUUAAUAGUUUGAGGAAUAUGGAACAUCUUAGAAAGCUGAAGCUACUGGGAGAUGGAGAACUAGAAGUUGGGAAACCGAAUUACCUCCCUGGAUCUGAUCAUUUCCCAUCUGGACUUACGAGUCUCACACUGUGCUCAACUUUUCUCAGUUGGAUCCAUAUCUCUACCCUUGGAUCGCUUGAUACACUAAAGGUGCUCAAGUUGAAGGAACGUGCAUUUAUCGGGCACACCUGGGAGGUAAAAGAUGGAGGCUUUCGCUCUCUUCAGUUUUUGCAUAUUGAACAAACAGAUUUAGCUUUCUGGGAGGCUUCAUCCCGUCACUACCCCAAGCUUAGAAGCCUUGUGCUCAAGAACUGCGAGAAGCUUUGUGAAGUUCCAGUUGACUUUGCUGACAUACCGACGCUCCAAAUGUUGGAGCUGCAUACUUGCUUCCUUGCAGUUAAAUCUGCCAUAGAGAUUAAAAAGCUGAAGACCGAGGCUGGAGGCUCUGAAGUCACACUUUCCAUCUUUCCUCCUCCUCGCAAUGAAUGAUCAAGUUUUAUGUAUCUUGCCAGCACAUUUCAAGCUUCUUAUGAGUACUGGUUGAUAGUUUGCACUAAUUAGCAGGGGCUUGCGCAAGAUGGCUGACUUGAAUAACUGCUGCGCAUCAAUAUGUUCUUCACAUUGUUAUCUUCAAAUGUUUCCCCUUCUUCAAAUAAUCGAGCAUGUUUGCUUGGAUUGGAAUAAAUGCUGCACUUGAUUCAGUUCGUACGUUAAGUUGCAAAACAUUGUGUUGUUGUAUUGAAUGAUUAUUCGGAUCUUGAUUCGUUCAUCGUCUUAGAUUAGACCAUUUAUCGUUACAUCUUAAUUUGUAUGUGUUCAUUGAGCACAUUCUGGACAAUUUGGAUCUGAUAUGGAGUCAGGACUGCUGCUGUUUCUGUUUGA